AUGUCUUUUAUAAGCCAGAGUCGUGGACAGAGUGGUAGUCUUUCUAUGCCUCAAAGCCAGGGAAGACUAUCUGCUCAAGCUAUGAACAGUCAAAGACCAAACUACCCAAGUCACCAAGCGCCUGAAAUACAUAACGAAGCAGACAGAUGGAUGGCAAUUUUCGACUGUAGCGGUCUACAAGAAGAUGAAAUUGACGUGCAGAUAUCUCAAGAAGAUGUUACAGUGAAAGGAUGUGCUUCGGAGAGGUUCGGUCGGCAAAGCGUACCUACUCGUGGCUUCGAAGGCGUUAAGUUUUUCCAGUGUGUCUCGAUUCCCCAAGACGUUGAUCCCGGAAGCGUGCAACCAAGGAUUGAAAACGGUAAUAGUGGCAUGGUUGUUAUAGUUUCAGGGCACAAGCAGCAGCCGCCCCAUCCACCUCCCAUAAUAAACCCACGGCCUUCAUACCCUGGUCCGGACAACUGGUGUGGUGACGAUCAAGGAAUCACUCCUUUGCCUAGCCAGAGAGGAUCCCAAGUUGGAGGGCCGUCACAGCGUAGAACUUUGGCUUCUGGGGGAGGUUCGGGAUCUCAUCCAUCCAGGCAAUCUAUGCAUCACAACCACGGAGCUGCAUCAAUGGGAUCUGCUGAACUUCAAGGCGGUGGUGGGUACCGUCCGUCGUCCACUGGGCAGUCAGGUCGCACGAGGUACCGAGUAUCCAAACACCCCACAUCUGCCUCUCAUCAGUCCAAACCAUAUGCAAACUCCCGAACGUCCGAACCUACAAUUCGUUACUCGUAUGCGACCCAAGGGGGUCCAAGGCCAUCCCAGGCUCAGGGAAAUUCGUUCUCUGCCGGCGGAUCACGAGCCGGUUCACAAGUAGGGUCCCGACCAGGAUCACGAGCGGGCUCUCAAGUUGGUUCACGCGUUAUGUCGCGUCCCGGCUCACAGUCCUUCUCACGGGGAGGAUCGCAGCAAAAUAUGUCACGAGCAGGAUCGCAGGCUUAUGCACCUUCUGCGUCGCAAAGGAUGUCAGCUGCCGGUUCCCAAAGCUACCAACCAGGCGGAGGAUCACAGGGUUACUCUCGUGCUGGGUCUCAGAACAUGUCACGAGCUGGAUCGCAGGCUUAUGCACCUUCUGCGUCGCAGAGGAUGUCAGCUGGCGGUUCCCAGAGCUACCAACCAGGCGGGGGUUCUCAGGGUUACUCUCGUGCUGGUUCUCAGAACAUGUCACGAUCUGGUUCGCAGGCGUAUGCACCCUCUGGGUCACAAAAGAUGUCAGCUGCUGGCUCCCAAAGCUACCAACCAGGCGGAGGUUCUCAGGGUUACUCUCGCGGCGGAUCUCACAACAUGUCACGUGCUGGAUCACAAGCUGGAUCACGUGCUUCCGGGAUGUAUGGGGGAUCAAGGGAAAAUUUAACUGCAAGCGGUAGCGUAAGGCCAAGUACAGUGAACACAGGCAGCACAAGGAAACCGACCGCCUACCCCGAAGCAAGACCGUCAGCGGUCACCGGUAGCUCUCGACCCUCUUCUACUCGCUACAGCAGUCGAUCGUGA